AUGGAGGAAUCGAAAAGCAAGCAAUCGAGAAGAAUGAUCAGUUGGCCGCUGCAGAUGCUGCUUUGCCUGUUCGGGAUUUGGCCAGGCGUAUCGUACGGCCUGCUCUGCAAAGUGUUCUGGUUGAUUGUAAUGAUAACCUACACGAUUCUUCAAUUCAUGUUUCUUAUCAUUCACGCGCGAUCAAUUGACUUUACCUUUUUUAUAUAUGCGUUUGCCCUGACAUUGGCGCUGACUAUGAAGUUCAUCAAAAUGCUUCUCUUCUGGUACAAUCAGCGAAAAUUCAACGAGAUGUGGGACACGAUGUCAAUGAAUUGGGAGCUCAGUGCUGUCUCCACAAACACAGUUGACACGACUUCCAAAAGGCACAUGUUGUAUUACUUGCCUAAUUUCGUCGUGGCAUUUAAUUCGAUGUCAGUGAUAAUGAAUUCUAUCAGCGUUAUCUCGACUGUAAUUCACUACGACGAAGCUUCCAACGCGACGCGUCCGUACAUCCUGUUGAUGCAUCUUCCAUUCGACAUUAAUAAUUAUUUCGUAUAUGCACUCGUGUUAUUUCUGCAAUUUUCCUACCUGCUCACCAUGUCCGCCGGCUCCGCUACACUCAAUUCGGUUCUUAUUAUUUUGAUGCUGUACUUGGGCGAUCAGAUCGAUAUCAUUUGUAGAUGCUUGACGCAGAUGCCGCAGAUACCGCUGGGAAAGAAUGAGUAUCAGAAGGACGUAAUUUUAAUGAAGGAAAUAAUCCGGAAACACCAGAUUGUCAUCACCUUUUCGCAAAAUAUCGAAGCCCUCUACACGUACAUCGCAUUGAUAUUACUCGUGCUUAAUACCUUAAUUACCUGCGGCUUGGGUUUCCUACUUGUCACUUCAAUUGGAUCGCCCAACUUCUCUAAGAUGUUGAGGAAGAACCUCAUGUUCUAUUCCGUGAUGAACAUUGAGACAUUCGUAUUUUGCUACGCCGGGGAAUACCUUACUGCUAAGUGGAGAGAAAUCGGCGAGGCUGCGUACAAUUCGCCCUGGUAUCAAUCCAAGUUCCACGGUCGUGCCAUUUUAUUCAUGAUGAUGAGAUCGCAGACUCAGCUGACGAUCACAAUGGGAAAGUUCAUGGAUCUCUCGUUGGAGCGAUUCUCCAGUAUUGUAAAAGCUUCGGCGUCCUACGUGUCGGUAUUGUUGGCGAUGUAUUGAAGACACACUCAUAAUCCGUAUUCGUAAUAAAUACUUGAAAUAAAUGUUACAUAUUGUUAGUAUCU